ACAGGAGAACAGGAGGAGGAUGGAGUCAUCAAACACAGGCCCGUGUGUCCCCAGAGGUUCCUCAUCAGUGUCUCUCAAUGAGCGCUUCUCUCAGGUGCUGGUGGACCAGCUGACCCGGUCCAGACUCAGGACCUUUGACCCCAUCCUGCUGCAGCAGAGGAAGGGGUGUGUCCUGCUGAUGAGGAGAGAGAGGUCAUCGCUGCUCCACAUACAGUCCCGAUCCUCGUCCGUGGCGGUGCAGCAGCGUUGCAGGAGGAGGAGCGUCUGGACUCGACUCGGUUGGCAGCGUCUCCUCUCAACCUCCAGACCUCCGGGCUUCUGGAGCUUCAUGAACAAGUACAGGUGGAGGUCCAGCUUCACCUCCACCUGCAGACGACGAGGUAACCUUCACAGACGGCUCGGUCAGCCUCGCCUCCUGAGGACGAGAAAUAUCCAGAAACUUAGAGGACGAACACACCUGCAGAGGGGCAGGGCCACGGCCCUCAGGAGGCGGGGCCUGAGCAAAGAGCAGGUACCAACCAAGGAGCAGCUGGACGCACAGCUGGACGACUACAUGUCCAUGUCCAGGAGCCGAUUGGACAAACAGCUGGACGAGUACAUGUCCAUGGCGGGACAGACGCACUGGGACUGAGGGGGGGGGUCUAGUUCUGGACUGGGACUGAGUUUCUACCAGUUUGAUCUAGUGACUGAAUGAAGCCUCACUCAUUGAUCGAUUGAGUGAUUGAUCGUUUGAUUUGACGGAUCAGUAGAGCUUUAGUUUGUCUCUCAGGUGAGUUCCAGGCGAACGUGUGUUAUAGUUUUUCUGAGUUUACCUGAACGGAGCUGUUGUUUCUGUUGGGUCGUGUGUACUUCACUGACCUCUCCGUGUGUUGGAACUUCUCUUUCUGUUUCUGAGGCUCCGCUUUUGUUCCCAGAAUUUAAAAAUCAUAUAUUUUAAUAAAAGAUAAU